GGUGAGGGCUGCUUUUAACUGGACACACACGCCCUGCCACCUCAGUCUGCGCUUCCCUCCCACCCUCGGCACACGACACGCCAUUCAAAGAGAACAACCGGCCAGCCAUCAUGAAGACACUCUAUGUUUUGAUGUUCUUGGCGGCGGCGAUGGCGACGGUGGCGGCGCUCCCGCCCCUUGGAAGCCUAGCAGGGUUGCCGAGCUUUGGUGGGAGCGACGACACGUAUGAUGAUUACGCGGACGUGAACCUUUUCGCUGAAGGGGAGAACACCACGGACAUCACGGUCAGCUCCGACAUGACCUCAGACGACAUGACCUCAGACGACAUGAGCAGCGAGCCAUCCACGGGCGGUCCCAUCACGGAAGAACCAGACCCAGACAAUGAGGGCCUCUCUGGCGGCGCUAUUGCUGGUAUUGUCAUCGGGUCCCUCGCUGGCGUGGCCCUCAUUGCAGGCGGCGUGUACUACCUCAAGGUCAAGAGCCUGCUGUGUUUCAAAUGAGCGGCUGAGCACUACGAGGAUGACUGGAUGGAUGACUGGAUGAACUGCUUAAGAAUGGUUAGGAGGAUGACUGGAUAAAUGGAUGGGUAGCUUGUUGAGUGACUGUUUGACUGGAUGACUGGCUGAGGUGUUGAAGAGCGGCUAUGUGGAUGGAUGACUGACUGGCAGGCUGACUGACUGACUGGAUGACUGACUGACUGCGUGACUGACUGACUGGCUGAGUGACUGACUAGCUAUUUGUUAAGUGACCGUUUGGAUGACUGGCUGGAUGGAUGGAUGGAUGACCUGACUGACUGGAUGGCUGAGUGAUGUACUGGCUGACUGGCUGAGUGAUUGGGUGGAUGACUGAAUGAAUGAGUGACUGAAUGACUGACUGGCUAACUUUCUCUCUCUCUCUCUCUCUCUCUCUCUCUCUCUCUCUCUCUCUCUCUCUCUCUCUCUCUCUCUCUCUCUCUCUCUCUCUCUCUCUCCUAUUGUAUGUAUGUUCAGCGUAUAUUUUCAUUAUUAUUAUUACUAUUUUCAUUAUUAUUAUUAUUAUUAUUAUUAUUAUUAUUAUUAUUAUUAUUAUUAUUAUUACUAUUAUUAUUAUUAUUAUUAUCAUCAUUAUUAUCAGUUGUUAUUGUUGUUAUUAUUGUCACUAUCAUUAUCAUUUCUGCGGAAGAAAUUUGAGAACUGCGUCGUAAACUCUAAAAUAAAAGAAAGAACAAUGAAAGAAGAAAAUGAAGAAGAAGAAGAAGAAAAAAAAGAAGAAGAAGAAGAAGAAGAAGAAGAAGACGAAGAAGAAGGUGUUCUCAUCUUAUGUUGAUCAUGUGUGUGUGUGUGUGUGUGUGUGUGUGUGUGUGUAGAAAUGUACAUAGUCCCUCCGAAUAUUUAUAAUCCUUAAAUAGCAACGUUUCAAUUAUUAUCAUUAUCAUUAUUAUUAUAUAUCAUUAUUAUAAUUAUUGUUAUUAUUAUUAUUAUUAUUAUUAUUAUUAUUAUUAUUAUUAUUAUUAUUACUAUUAUUAUUAUUGACCGGAUGAUUUUGUUAGUCUUAUGGUUCCAACAAAUAAAUCAAACACAACCAUU